UGAUCUGAGCUUUAAUUAUAAGCUCAAACAUUUUUAUUUGAUCAACUUUUCUGAUUGAAUAAAAAACUUAAUCAGCUCAAUGAGUUUCAUUCAAAUUACUUGAAAAAUGUUCUAAAAUCAAGACAAAGACGGUUUGAUAAUAAACACAACAAAUUGAUUUUCUUAACUGACACUUAUUUUUAAUAAAAGCCUCAUUAAAUCCGUAGUUUCCUGAUUUCUCAGCUCUGUUUCUUUGUGCCGCUCCAUCUCUCUCUUUUUCUUUACUUCAAUGAAUAAAUCAUAAAAAGGUCCAAACUCAAAUCUCUGGAACGACGUCUCAGGAGAAACAGUUUUAAAAUGAAGCCGCUCACCUCAACCGCCUGAGAGCCGCCAUCUUGAAAACCAUCCAACAGGUCAGCACAGUCACUCAGUGAGGUGGGCGGGGCCAAGAACCAGGAAGUGUCUGGUGUGUGCGUGUAAUUUUUAUGACUCUAUCUUGUUAUCACGCUUCUUGACAUGAACAGUUUUCUGAUCCUGCACUUUAAUGUUUGAUAGAAAUUAUAAUUACUCUUAUUAACCUUAGUGAAGUUUCUGUGUCAGCAAAUGGUCAGUAACAGGUUUUAUUGUGAAGAGGCUCCUCCGGAUGUCGGGUCCUGGUUCUCGGGCCCAGUCAAAACAAAGCGGCUCCGGUUCGUCGCCUCCGUUAAACCGUGAAUAUUCCGCACGAUCACCGGAGGAGAAAUCACCGCCCGCUGCUUCUCGUCCGCCGGCUGAGGUCGCCUGGUCCUCGGGGCUCCGCGGAGGAUCUGCCGGGCUGCUGGGCUUCGGUCUCGGUGGCGGAUGGAGGCGGAAAACACCGAGAAACCCGACGAAUAAAAACACCGAAGAACCGGAGGAGCUCAGGUUCGGAUCCCCGGGCCCGGUGGUUAACAUGGUGGAGUAGGAGGCUGCUCCGACCCAUCGACCCGCGGACGGCUGUGAGUGAGCCGGGAGCAGCAGCAUGGCCCCGGGCUCCCUGGUGGCGGCCUGCCGCAGCCUGGCCCUCUCCACCUGGCUGCUCUCCUUCUGCUUCGUGCACCUCCUGUGUCUGGACUUCACCGUGGCCGAGCGGGAGGAGUGGUACACCGCCUUCGUCAACAUCACCUACGUGGACCCGGCCACCUCCGAGCUCCGCACCGACAAGACGGAGUGCGGCCGCUACGGGGAGCACUCCCCGAAGAGGGACGCCAAGGGGGCGGUGGUCCUGCCCGCAGCCCCGCACGACCGCCAGGCCUGCGACCCCAACACCCGCUUCACCGGGCCCGCGCAGCCCGGGGCCUGGAUCGCGCUCAUCGCCCGAGGGAACUGCACCUACAAGGACAAGAUCCGACACGCAGCCGCGCACAACGCGUCCGCCGUGGUCAUCUUCAACGUGGGCUCCGCCAACGCGAACGACACCAUCACCAUGCCGCAUCCAGGUACAGGUGAGGUGGUCGCCAUCAUGAUCCCAGAGCCAAAAGGUCGCGAGGUGGCGUUGCUGCUCGAGCGCAACGUGACAGUCACCAUGACGAUCACCAUCGGGACGAGGAACCUGCAGAAGUACGUCAGCAGGACGUCGGUGGUGUUCGUCUCCAUCUCCUUCAUCGUGCUGAUGAUCAUCUCGCUCGCCUGGCUCGUCUUCUACUAUAUCCAGAGGUUCAGAUACGCCAACGCCCGAGACAGGAACCAGCGUCGUCUUGGCGAUGCGGCGAAGAAGGCCAUCAGUAAGCUGCAGGUUCGCACCAUCAGGAAGGGGGACCAGGAGACGGAGCCCGACUUCGACAACUGUGCCGUCUGCAUCGAGGGCUACAAGGCCAACGACGUGGUCCGCAUUCUGCCCUGCAGACAUCUGUUCCAUAAGAGCUGCGUGGAUCCGUGGCUCCUGGACCAUCGCACGUGUCCCAUGUGCAAGAUGAACAUCCUGAAAGCUCUGGGCAUCGCUCUGAAUGCCGAUUGUCUGGACGACCUCCCGCUGGACUACGACCUGGCCCUUGGCGGAGUAGGUGGGGUCGGUGUGGGCGGGGUCGGCGGAGUUGGGGCCCUGGCUCUGGAGGCCGUUGUGUCCGGGGCGUCCAGUGACGGCACGCUGAGCGAGGGCGGCUCCUCGGUGGUGCUGGACCCUGGCGUACGACGGGUCGGACUCCCUCAGGACUACCAGGACCCCGACACCCUGAGAGACAGCCCUGUGACGGCCACCACAGACACACACACAGGUGAGCGUCAGCCAAUGACGAGCAGCGCCUCAGUGGCAUCAUUGGUCAUCGCCGUUGAAACCGGUCUGUCGGAUGAGGAGGGGUCUAUGGAGCACUCUCAGCCGGGGGACAAAUCCUGAGGAUCUCGACAGAACCAAACCAGAACCCGAAAAAACCUCCGGUCAAGUUCCGACUGUGGACCAGACGGGACUUGACCCUAGCCCAGGACCUGGUUCUGGUUUGGAAGCUAAACCAAGAAGCAGCGCCACGGUUUGACUGGGUUUUGUUCCUCUUUGGACAAAACAUUGUUGAACAAAACUUGUUGGGAUCCUUGUUGGACUCGAGUCUCAGUAGACCCAGGGUUUAGACCCUGGGUCUUGAACCUGGGUCUUGAACCUGGGACUUGAACCUGGGUCUUGACAUGGAAAACAGAUGUUUGUGUUCCAGACUUAAAGGAAACUGACGGAGUCGGUUUGAUUUGGUUUUUGGUCUCCUCCCAGACUCUUGGUGUGGUCGCACCUAACGUAGAUGUUAUUGAACUCCUCAGCAGAACUUAGUCCAUUUAUCUGUUGUCUCUUUGUUCCGAAGUCUUAAACCAACCCACCUUCACUUCUGUUCAUGCUGUUUGUUGAAGUAGCAAACGAGGACGAGGAAAACGAAUCCUAAGAGAAGUAUUUAAAUACGUUUUAAUGAUUUAACGAGUGAAGGGUUUUCAAAGAGUUGGUGCUGAAAUGUGAAAAUGAUGGUGAAGAGCUUCAGCUGCACGACCAUCGAUUCUCCUCUGAUAAUCAUUUAUUUCUAUGAUUGCGAACCAUCCGUAACUCGGACGACACAUUUUAAUCUUUCAGAUGUUUAUACUCAAAACCUUAAGCACCGGUUGAUCGUAGCAUCGUCACCAGGGAACAUACGACUAACCUUUGGUCUAAUAGGAGAAAAUACUUUUCAUGACCUUUAAACAACGAGAGUCACUGUAGAAGUCUCCGUCCCAACGUCGAUAAAAAAAUCCCUUCGUUACUUUGUGCAAUUCUUCUAUGAAUAAAUGAUGGAAGAAAAAUCUUUCAGUUUGUAUUUUCAUUACAUUUAAAGUUCCGCUCAAAUAAAAUGAAUCGAUGUCACAGAUGAUAACAAACCGAUCGUCCACCAGCCCAAUAAUCGAUCGUUCAUGUAUUUGAAUAAACGUCAAAUGUUACUCUGUGCAGCAUCAGACUCUAAACCGCGUCCGCUCAGCUCACGAAGACGUUCCUCCUGAGUAACGUUCGAUUCCCCGUCCACAGUGUUGCUUCUUCGUGUUGUUUCCAUGUCCAUGCACCCGUGCGUCAUCUGGACCACGUGUCCGUUACCGUGGCGAAACUGCCUUUCCAAAAACAACGUCACCGUUAACCCCGACAAUCAAGAAUUGGAUCUUUAACAUGUCGGUCAGGGAUCAACUCUCUGAACCUAACCAGUGGUUCUCAAACGUGUGUCCGCCGGUAUUCAAAUCCCCUGAGGUUACACCGGCAUCACCCAAACACGCUGAGAAAUAAAGUUCCCUGGUUUCAGAGCUGUCGUCAGAAACAACGGUUCGUCAGCUCAAAGCCAAACAUGUAAAUAUAAAAUGUAUAUUCCACAAGUUCACUAUGCCACACGGGGGCGCCGGCGGUUUCUGCGUAGAGCUGUGGUUGUUUUGUGGUGUCUCCAGCGCGGUGAGCUUCCCGAGACUGAGAGAGAUAAAGAUUGUCGUCUAUUUUGAUACCAGACGUUUAUUUUUGUAACAAAGACUGAUUCGCUCCCGUCGCCACCUGACGACUCUCGAUGUGAUUGAGUGUUGAUCUGUUUAUUUAUGUAACUGUACAUUUACACACAAUGCAGAGGACCUUACGAAUCUAAACUCUGUAAGUUCGUCCGUUAGCAUCCGACUGUCGAUGAUGGAAAGUGAUCCUGGUGGUAAACUGGAGAACAACAACUGUGCUGAUUAUUUAUUGGAUCUCUUUUUGGUUGUUUCCACAAAUUGAAAUAAAGAAAAUGUGAAUAUUUACAUAAUUACAUCUGGUUGAACCAAGUUAUGAAACAAAUAUUUACAGCCAGUUCUUGCUUUCAACUGUUUGUUUAUGAAUCCAACAAAAUGUAAUUGGUUUAAUCGUUCAAAACGUAUCUAAAUAUUUAACCUGAUGUUUCCAGUUCAACCACUGAGUUCAUUUUCUCUCCGACCGUCAGGAACCGAAAAGACUUUUCCUAUUUUUAAAGGUUCCUUUCUCCACGUUUGCUGUUUGGUUUCACAACUUGUAAAACAAACACUACUUUCAACAGCGAUGAAACGGUGGCGAGAUUAUUUCCUGUAAAAUAAACGAAGACGCUGGAUUUGUUUUUCUUGGCUGAGUUUUAGUGUAAAUUGUUUGAAUUCAAAUCUUUUUUGGUGUAAGCUUUAUUUUCAAUGAAUUUAGUCGAGUAUCAUGUUGUUGUUCACGUUGUUUCACUCUCGUACUUUUUGAAGUGGCCGCAGUUUUACCGUCACAGUCGUGAAAAUGAACUGAACUCGAUUCUUCUUUGAGGCUGUUGCUUCUGUUGGUAAAGACUGAAGCUGCAGAGACGUCCUGGUCCCGUUUGUGCUUGAUAUCAAACCUGUGACAUCGUCUGCUCAGGUUCCUUUGUUUGUUUUGUAGUUUUUUUGAUCCAAUAGUUUCAACUUUCUUUCUUAAUUUGAAUCAUUAGUUUCCUUUAUUACCGUACGUCUGUUUUAGAAAUAAUAUUUAUAUAUAUUAUUGACAACAAGAUUUGACGGUCUGAUAUUGAUAAACAACGCAAAAUAAAGAAUAUGUGUAACUAAUAAAUCCUGAUGUAAAAUUAUUACAACGGGUCAGUGUGGAGGAUUCAGGAGCAUCUGUGUUUCUACGGUAACCCAGAAUCAACAAACCAAACACUGGCUCUGUUACUCGCAGGCCACCGUAGGUUUUCCUACAUGUUGCAGUCUACAACGUCACCACUAGAUGGCCCUGAAUCCUGCACACUGAACAUGUUAUUAAAAUGAUGACUACGGUUUACAUUCGAUUUCAUAAUUAUCGUGACAACAUACAUGUGGUGGAAUAUUAUUAUUAUAUUACGAGACAGUAAUUUGUAAUUAAACGAGUUCCACAACACAAAUAUUUGCAGAAUAAGAACAGAUGUGAUGAUUGUGAUCUAACGAUCUUGUAAUAAUCUGUUAAUUGUUAUUCAUUAGUCAGAAGUUAUUGUCUGUGAGAUACAGAUGUAAGAAUUGUCCGAUUUUAACAGUUUUAUUUUAGGGAACUUUCUUUUUGUCUCAUUUGAUUUUGAAUCAGCUGAUUCAACGUUAACAUGAAACUGACGGUGUUUAAAAACGGGACCUUACGUCACUGUCAGUCAUGACGUCUGACUCCUCCCUGUUCCUUCUCUCUGCUUGCCAAUUGGCUGCUUCCCCUGAAUGCUGUGUUUUGAUUGGUUGCUCGGCCUCUUUAGUUGAUGCACUUUAAUACUGUUUAUCUGGAAGGUUCUUAAAGUCUUGUCUCUCGUCUGCUGUCACUCUGAAGCUUCUCUAACUUUUCUGUCUGCUCCGUCUCUUUUCUUUCUUUUCAUCUUGGCUGCUUUGGUUUCAUCGACGCUUUAAGUUUACGAAGUUGUUUUGUGUUUUAAAUUUUGUGAAUAUGAUUGAAAGGACAGAUGUUGGUCUGUGCUACACCUGGUGUUCAUGUUUUCUUGUGCUGUAUCUUUGUGCCGUCUCUGACCUCGUAAUAACUCCGCCACACACCUUUUUUCAUCUGACGACAGAAGCAGCAUCAGUUCGAAGAUCGUUUGCUGCCGAUACGUUAGAACUUAAUCGCAGCUACGUAAGAAAAUGUCAAAGACAAGAAAAAUAAAGGGAAAUCAGAACGAAAGACAAAACAUUCAGAUUCUUCCAAGGCGACGGCGAAAGGUUGAGAGGCGAUCAUCUGCACCUGUUGCCAUGGUAACCCCGGGGCUACCUUGACAACAGAGUGUGAUGUGUGAGUUUCUAAGAUAUGAGUUGUUUUCAAAAUGUCCAUUUGUGCGAUUGUCCUGUGCACGCAAACUCAAAAUACACACACACACACACACCUACGUACACGCGUGUAAAUACGCCAUGUUGUUUCUGUGUUUCAGUUGAUGCACGUGUUCUGAUUCAGUACAGAAUUUAAAUAAAGUUUUAUUGCAAGUUUUUGUUUUUA